GAUGCCAAUGUUUGGAAGCUCAAUAACUUUAAGGAGGGUGGUUUCCCAAUUAUGGUAGAAUCUUAAUAUAUGGCACUGAAUAUUAGAACCAUUGACCUUCCAAAAGAACGUUACAAAUUUGGCAAAUAUGGUACUUAAAAAGGCUGGAAAUGACUCCCAUAUUGGGACACCUUAAAUCUUCCAGGAAGAACUUGGAUUACUUCAUCGUUAGAUCCCAGCUAGAACCAAAAACACUCACAAUAAAUCCAACUUUUUCUCUCAUUUCUAAACGAAUGAAACAAAAAACCCUCACAUCUAACCAAACCUCCAUCUAAAAAGCCCUUAGGUUAAUCCGACUCUCAAGUUAUCAUACGCUACCAAAACAUAUUUGUUCUUGAUGGCGCCAGAGUCAAACAGCUUAAAUGAAAAUGCUGAUUGUCCACAUGUUGGACUUGUCAAACAAGAAGCUCUUAUUGACAGCACAGACGAUGGGAAUAAGAUAACAAGGCAUCCUCGAUGGACCAGAGAUGAAACACUCAUCCUAAUACAAGGCAAGAAGGUUAUUGAGGAUGGGGUUCGAGGGCGUCGUAGAUCUACUUCAACCUUUGGUUCAUGCCAAGUAGAACCCAAGUGGGAUUCAGUCUCAUCAUAUUGUAAACAGCGUGGCGUGAAGAGAGGACCAGUCCAGUGCAGGAAAAGAUGGGGUAAUCUUCUUACUGAUUACAAGAAGAUCAAAAGAUGGGAGUCACAGAUAAAGGAAGAGGCUGAAUCGUUUUGGAUGAUGAGGAAUGAUAUACGGAGAGAAAAGAAACUGGCAAGUUUCUUUGAUAAGGAAAUCUACAAUGCAUUGGAUGGAAUGACGUUUUCUGCUGCCGCAUUUCCACUGCCACUGGUUGCAGUACGAGCAAAUGAAAAUGACUCUGAUGGAGUCAAGGCAGAGGUUGAAGAAGAGGAGACCCCUGUAGCAGUUUUUGAUAGUCAUCAACAUGCUACAGCAGAAGACGGUUUGUUUUCAGAUUUUGAACAUUCAGAGCAAGAAGAAUCAGGCUGUAGCCCUGAGUAUGAAACUGUUUCAGGCACCGUUAAAGGCAAACAACCAGGGUCAGCCAGUAUGUGGAGAGAAUCUAUCUCUGAAGAGGAACGGAAGAGAAGGCGGUUGUCAUUGGAUGGACAGGAAGAUGCAUCCAAUUUGGGGAAUCAAUUAGUCAAAGUUUUAGAGAUGAAUAGUAACAAGUUAAAUGCACAUCUUGAAGCUCAGAACAUAAGCUGUCAACUGGACAGGGACCAGAGGAAGGAGCAUACUGACAGCUUGGUUGCUGCUCUUAGCAAGGUCACCGAUGCUCUUGUAAGAAUUGCGGACAAGUUAUAAACUGCAAUCAUUAGAAAAUAAGACACCCUUUACAAUUUCUGUGAAAUGUAGUUGAGAAUAAGGACUUAGCAUUUAGAGUUGACUGAUUUAAGGUGCUUUUAGUUUUUAAUACAUUGCAGUAAUCAACAAGAAGCUACUCAUUCUACUUUAAUAUACUUGAGUGACU